UUUAAUAUUACUGUGAUGAGGAUUUGUAAGAGUUUGAAUCAACCAGUAUCCCAAUGGUGUGUUAUGCUGAGUGGUUUCGGGCAUCAGGAGACCCAGCUUGCGCCGGUGUCCAGUGGCGGUGGGCGAACCGUCUGUGAAAUUGGUGAUACAAUUGCACAGGGUGUCGUUUACGAAAUUGCCGGAGAAGUUGGUCACGGAAUUGUUCAGCAAUUGAAUUACGAACUUCCCGGAGAAGGUCCAUAUUUUCAUCAGGUUGUUGAAGAGGGUGCUGAACAGGAUGUUGACCGGGGUGUUGAAGACGGUGGAGGAAGUAUUGUGAACCUUCUGGAAUCGUUUAAAGGGGAAUUGAGGUUCGAUAAAUCAAGAGAGCGACAACCGGAUUUUCGGUCUUGUCGGGAGUCUUGUUUUAAGUUCGCUGAGCUCAUGUUCGCGAAGACGAAUGCGUCGGAACUUGCGAAGUUGUUGGGGCUAUACCAGAGCCUGUUGGCUGAUAGUGGUGUGAUUGUGCCUUCGGGGAUAAGUAACCUGUGGUACUUAGCGUGUGUGUUUGACGCACACGGAAGCGAGGAGUCGAUCGGAAGGUGGUUGGAUUGUCUCGGCAUCGACAGCACGGAGUUAAGUGGUGAACGGGUGUCUUAUGACAGUGGACGGGAUGGUGAAGAGCCGAAGGGUUUAUUGUUCGACUUGCUCAACCCAUUCGGAUCCGAGUUGCGUUCGCUGCCGGCGACGCAUCCCGUCGUUCUGAAGGGAAUAAUGGACUGGUUGCGGUGCACUUUGGGCAGAAAGAAACCGGCCCAUAAAACGCGCCGGUCAAACCACCUGGCGUGGCGAUGGGCGUGGUCAUCAGACCGGAUUUAUGACUAUUUGGGCAGUGACAGCUUGCACGAGUUGUUGGGAAAAUGUGAGACGGUUAUGGAGCGAUCAGACGUCACUGAUAAAUGGUACUUUGGGCGGCUCAUGCAGGAGUAUUGCACCAUUCCAUCGUGCCGCCAUUGGCUGGCUGCCUUGGGAAUAGCCGUCGAUGAGGCCUCCGCUAGCAGACUGCCACUGUACGAAGAUAAUACGGGACGCUACUACACCGGAGUGCCAGAGGUCACCGAGGCAGAGCGAAGGAACAUAUCGAUCGUUUCUGCACUUAUUCACAUGGUACAGACAGAAAUUCUCCCACCUUCUUCAUUCCACACGCUUGACGAGUUCGGCGUCCGCUUGACCGUAUCCAUUUACAACACUUUGGGAAAGGACCUAUUCGCCAGAAUGGUCAAGGCCAUACGGGAGAUUCUCCCUAGCAAACCGCUGUCAGACCCGUGCUUACUUGGCUGCGUACUGAGCUCCCUUAACUCCCGACGCCGCUCCGAGCUGCGCUGCCACUGUGCCCGCACGGGACUCUGGUACCAAAACGAAUGCUGGAAGAACCGGUUCUCGGUCGCUGAAGCUAGAGAACACUUCUUCCGCUAUCUGCCAGCCACAUCGGACUUCUUCAAACAGCAGUAA